AUGAGUUUCCUGGUUGAAAAAGCUCAAGAAUUUGCCGACAAAGGAAUUUGGGAGGCUUUCAAUGCUAUUUUGGCCGCUCUGAUCUAUGGAAUUGUGAUGUUUCCCAACAUUCACAAGUUCGUUGAUUUGGCUGCUGUAUGUCUUUUUAUGGACAAGAAUCCAAUACCCACCCUAUUGGCUGACACAUAUUAUUCCAUUCACUCUCGGCAUGGUAAAAGAGGGGCUAUUAGAGGUUGCUUGCCGCUGUUAUAUAAAUGGUUCAAAUCUCACUUGCCUGCUAGUGGUCCGUUUGUUACCUCUACUCAGAAAUGUUCUCAGAGAAUCAUGGGACUUACUGCAAACGAUAUCGUAUGGUAUCAAUUCCGAACAGGCAUAUCUGAAGUCAUUAUUAGGUGCGGAAACUUUGGUAACGUCCCGCUCAUUGGGACAAAAGGAUGUAUUAAUUACAACCCAAUUCUAGCCCUUCGUCAGCUGGGUUAUACCAUGAAGAGUGGGCCUUCGGAUAGGGAGAUUUACCAAUCUGUGUACUUUGAGAGGGGAGCUGACCCUGUAGCGCUUGAGGAAAUCAGGAAAGCCUGGAAUAACAUUCAUAUAGGUGAGAGAUCCACUCUGGGAGCCAAGAAUGCCAUUGCUAUGGAGCCCUAUACCGAUUGGGUUAAGGAGAGAGUCAAGACACUUUUGUUACCAUUCCCGAGGGUCCCUCUCUUGUAUGCACAACCUCCGAAGAUAUCAGAAACUAUGGUAUCAAGAGAACGUUUUGACCAGGUCCGCGUCGCCAAUUUGAGACUGAAAGAGAAAGAUAGGGAUAUGGAUUUGAAGCGCUAUUUCCUUAAACAGACAAAGAAUGAACUGGCCCGUGAACUUAAAACUCUCAAAGGAGAGUCUUCUCAAGCCAGGAAGAGAGUUAGAACUGAAAAGGACGGAAAAGCUGUUGUUGCUCCUACUGAAGACCCUCAAAAGGUUAUAGAAAAGGCUAUAAAGGAAGAAAAAGAGAAGCUCAGACGAGAGUAUCAAGAAGACCUGAAAGCCCACAAGCUCCGACUGGAGAAAGAAACCAAAUCACCACCAGAUUUGUUGGAUGGGGUCUCUAUUGCUCUUUAUAUUGAAACAUUGUUAUGUGUGUUUGAACCUACUCGCCUUAGGGGGCUAUUAUGA